CGUGAUGGUGAUGGGAUGGGAUGGGAUGGACCGCCCCGAUCCACGGCCGGCCCCCCCCGCCCCGAGCAGGCGCAGCAAAGAGCGGAGGCAGCACCGGGGGCGGGGAACGGAGCCGGGUCGGGAGCGGAGCCGGGGAGCAGCGCUGUGCCGCCCCGCUGUGCCGCCCCUCGGGCCGGGGAGCAGCGGAACCGUCCUACGAGCAUCAUGUCUAACCCGGAGCAGCAGCCGGCGCUGCCCAGCCGGGCUGCCCACGAAGCUGCGGAGUUGGACGCGGGGAAUGGGUACGAAGCGGUCGUUCCGCAUUGGUUUUAUUGCAAGGUGACCGGCGGGAGGGAGCGGUGGCUGCCGUUCAGCGUUCAGGACUCGGAGAGGCUGGAAGAGGCUCAUAGUGCAGGGAAGGAUAAAGCAGAUGUGGUCGUCCCGACAUCAGGUGGGAGGUACGACGUGCACCUGAAGCAGAGGCAGUGCCUGGCGGUGUUCUGGGAGGAGGAGGUGUCCGAGGUGCGACGCUGCACCUGGUUUUAUAAAGGGGACAAGGACAAUAAAUACGUCCCCUAUUCAGAGAGCUUCAGCGAGGAGCUGGAGGAAGCGUACAUGGUUGCUGUAACCCUGGAUGAGUGGAAGAAGAAGCUGGAAUCCCCAAACAGGGAAGUCAUCAUCUUACACAACCCCAAGCUCAUGGUGCACUACCAACCCGUUGCCACCUCUGACGACUGGGGCUCAACUCCUACAGAACAAGGGCGACCUCGGACUGUGAAGAGAGGAGUAGAGAACAUUGCUGCUGAGAUCCCCAAUGGGGAACCUCUGCAGAUUGACCACCUGGUUUUUGUGGUGCAUGGGAUCGGGCCGGCGUGUGACAUCCGCUUCAGGAGCAUCGUGCAGUGCGUCAACGACUUCAGGAGUGUUUCGCUGAGUAUGCUGCAAACACACUUCAAGAAGGCACAGGAGCAGGAGCAGAUCGGCCGGGUUGAAUUCCUGCCUGUCAAUUGGCACAGCUCCCUGCACUCCACUGGCGUGGACGUGGACCUGGAGCGAAUCACUUUGCCCAGCAUCAGCCGCUUGCGUCACUUCAUCAAUGACACCAUCCUGGAUGCUUUCUUCUACAACAGCUCCACCUAUUGCCAGACCAUCGUGGACACGGUGGCCUCGGAAAUGAAUCGCCUCUAUCUGCUCUUCCUGCAGAGAAACCCGGACUUUAAAGGAGGAGUUUCCAUUGCAGGUCACAGCUUGGGGUCCCUCAUUUUGUUUGAUCUCCUGACAAACCAGAAGGCUGCUCCUGAGGAUGAGCACAGCAGGGAGGGGACUGAGGCGACUUCAAGCAUCAGGGGUGCUGAGGAAGUCAGUGAAAUCCUGAAGAAGUUGGAUCUGUCUGAGUACUGUCCUGCUUUCGAGAAGGAGAAAAUAGAUGGGGAAGCGCUGUUCUUAUGCAGAGAGAAAAACCUCGAAGAAAUGGGAAUUCCCUUAGGACCACGAAUGAAGCUCCUCCAUUACAUCAGCUCCAGGAAGGAGAUGCAGGACACCAAAGAACUGAGCGCUGCAGGGCAGCACAGCAGCAGGGAUAGUCCAUACCCCGACGUCAGCUUGGGGCAGGUCUCAGCCAACUACCCUCAGCUGCUCUACAAGCCCACCAUCUUCUUCGCUUUUGGGUCUCCCAUUGGGAUGUUCCUCACGGUGCGAGGAGUGAAGCGGAUCAACCCAGACUACAGCCUGCCCACCUGCAAGGGCUUCUUCAACAUCUUCCACCCCUUUGACCCGGUUGCAUAUAGGAUUGAGCCCAUGAUCAUCCCAGAUCUGGAAUUUGAGCCCAUGCUGCUCCCACAUCACAAGGGCAGGAAGAGGAUGCACCUCGAGCUGAAAGAAGGGCUGACACGUAUGAGUGUGGAUCUGAAGAACAACCUGCUGGGAUCCCUGAGGGUGGCCUGGCAGUCCUUUACCCGCGCCCCAUUGGCAGCUGUGGAGGGAGCAAGCAGUGAGGGGGAGGCAGAGACGGAGGCGAGCGCAGAGAAGCAGCCAGAUCCAAAGCCAGAGGAGGCCCCGGCACCAUCCAAGGAGGAUCCCUCCCUCAUUAACGUGGGGAAGUUGAACGGGGGGAAUCGUAUCGACUAUGUGCUCCAGGAGAAGCCCAUCGAGAGCUUUAAUGAGUAUUUAUUCGCACUUCAAGGGCAUCUCUGCUAUUGGGAGUCAGAGGACACCGUUCUGCUGGUUCUGAAGGAGAUCUACCAGACAAUAGGUGUUACAUUGGACCAACCUUUGCCAGGAAGCCAAUGACCACCCCGUGCUGUUCAACCACUUAUACAAUUCAAUUGAGUACUCACCAGGAAAAUUCAGACUCUUCUCUGCCUUCCUCUCUCCUGUGCUGCUGUGCCCCGCAUGCUGACUCCCCAGUAUUUGCUGCUGCCUGGAGAUAAAGAUGGUUUUCCUCCAUUUUGGGUAGGAAAAACAACCAACCAAACCAACCCCACUCCUGCAAACACACACACAGCACUUACACUGUGACUCCCUGUGGCAACACGUGCUGUCAGCCCUGAACUUGUCUGCCCACCUUGUAGGUUAUCACACGGGCUUUGCAGUACUGAUGCAGACAGCUGCCUGGGCUAGGAAAUGCAAUACAAGGGCCUGAACCCUGCUGUGGGCUUAGCAAGGAUACUCUUAGCUUGGGACCUUGAGAAAUAAAAGCCUUAAACACACAGCAUGGAGAGAGCAAUAGCAGCCUUGAGCAAGGGAGAUGCUGACUUCUCUUGGGAGAAGGAUGAGGCGCCGCUCUCCUGCUGUAGCACUAGGUUGGAGUGCUGCAGCCUUUGGGAGGUGCAGGUAAGGAGGCGCAGGCAUCUGCACACACCGUUGCUCAUGGCCACGUGCACAGCAACCCCAGGAAAGCUUUACCUCCAGAUCCAAACUUGGGGAAAGCAGCUGCUCCCAGCACCGGGCCCUGCAGGGACAGCCCUCCUCUGCUCUGCAGAAGCACACAGCAGUGCUGAGUUCAAAGUGGCUGCAGGGAUCUCAUGCCCAUCAGGCUUCAGCCCAGUGGUUUUGUUGGCAAAUACACCAAAUGCAGCCAGUGUUGGGUCUGUUGGCUCUGGGCACUGUCUGUGAACCCACUAUAAAGAUUCAAGUAGUUUGGCAGGCAGCACAGCCUGCAACUUGCUGCUUCGUGUUAGCUCUCCUCCAAAGGCAACAGAGAACCCUGGGUUAUCAGUUCCCUGUGACCCAAACCACUCCCAGACUGCAGCUGGAGCCUCAAAGCGGGCAGGGGAAACGUGGCAUGUAAAGCCACUGCAACCUUUGGAAAGAGCCACCUCCCUCCCGCUGACUUUUGCCCUGCAUGGGGUAACAAGCCUUGUUUCCAUAGCAUCCAUUUGUUGAUCCUCUGUUGUACUUGGUUAUUUGCACUAUUCAAAAGGUGUCGUUUGCAGCCUCCGACCUCCUCCCAUCCCAAAGGAACUGAAGCUGUUCAAUUUACUUGACUACAGAAACAGACGUGCUGCUCCUUCAGAGCCUGAGUUUGCUAAAUGCCUCCUAAAGGAGCAAGAAAAGGAACAGUCUUAACAUGGGACACUCGUGACCAGCUUUUAAGUUAUGCACUUUGUUAACAACAACAGCAAAAAAAAAAAUAAUGUUUUAAAUGUUAUUUAAUGUCUUUUCCAGUAAAAGUCAAAACAAGUCAA